UUUCACAUAGCCAGAAGACCCUCGAAACUGCAAAGAAGAAAGUACCCAGCAGUGCCAAUCACUAUAUAUACAUUACCAUCCAUCAAUCUUAAUUCCAUCAGUGAAAAAAAUCUCCUUCGAUUCUAUUGAAAUUCAAGAUAAUUAUCCUCUCCUAGCCAAAAAAAUGUCUCUGAUCCGAUCUUUCUUCGGCAACCCACUGUCUACUGAUCUAUGGGCUCCAUCUGCUUCGAAUAAUGAGAUUUCCGCAAUCGCUAAUGUACAAGUUGAUUGGAAGGAAACACCAGAAGCCCAUAUAUUCAAAGCUGAUCUUCCAGGAUUAAAGAAAGAGGAAGUGAAAGUUGAAAUUGAAGAAGGAAGAGUUCUUCAGAUUAGCGGAGAGAGAAAUGUUGAUAAGGAAGAGAAGAACGAGAAAUGGCACCGCGUUGAGAGAAGCAGAGGUAAGUUCUUGAGAAGGUUUUGGUUACCGGAAAAUGCAAAGGUUGGUGAAGUUAAGGCAUCAAUGGAGAAUGGAGUACUUACUGUUACUAUUCCAAAGGCAGAGGAGAAGAAGCCUCAAGUCAAGUCUAUUGAGAUUAGCGGUGCAUGAGCAUGAGUUUCAAUCUUCUUUAAGAUAUAAAAACAAUAAAUUGCUUUGUCGUUGAUGUGUAUGAAAUGAGAUUAUGUGUGGUUUGCUCGCUCUGGUUUCUGUUUCCUUCCAAUGUAUAGGUAUAUGUUAAUGUAUUUGUGAGGUUUUUUAACAAUAAAAAAACAGUUCUUAUAUUCAAAUUCUA